CCCGGGCAUGCCCUCUUCUGAAGAUGCCCUCCGACAGAAUCCCUAAAAAAACCCUAUUUUCCUCUGCCACUCUCAAUCCUCGCAGUGCGAUCUGGGCCGGCCAACUUACAAGCCCAUCUCCAAAACCACAAGGGAAGAAAAAUUCAAAACCCAAACCUAAAACCCCACCGGGGAAGAGCUGUCAAACCCUCCCAUGGCGGAUUCAGAAUCGAAGCCGAAACAGAAACACACGAAGAAGAAGAGAAAGUUAAAAGUCUUAGAGGAUGAUCGAAGACCUUCCAAAACGCAACGUUUCGAUUUUUCAGAGACAGAGAAAGAGAAAGAGAAAGAUGCAAAAGAAGAACGCCCAAUUCGGAGGCCAGAAGAAGGUCGUCCGUGGGGGAAUCUGCAGCUGAUUUUAUCAUUACAGAACAAAGAACUUCUUCUUCAAGAGAAGGUCCAGCUUGCAUAUGAUUUUGUUGCUACAAGAGCCAAAGAAGAAGAGGAGGACACUGAGCAAGGUUUUGAAACAGUGAGCCUUUCACGAGUAAUUAUUUUCCUGAAUGAUUGGAUCCAGUCAUUGUUGAUUUCUUCGGAAAAGAAAAGUAAGGUUGAUUUGGACAAAACUCAGUUCCGAGUUGUUGGGACAUGUUUGGACUUUAGAUGCUGGGAGAUUUUUAAGUUCUGUUUAGAGGAGUCUUUGGAACGGCAUGUUCCGCUAAACAUCUCGCGAAACUUGUUAAAAGCUAUUCAUUGCAUUGCAAGGAAUGCAUUAUCCCAACUGAAUGAUGCAUCUUUGCAUGCAAAGGAGUCAUUUUUUAUUGUUGAAGGGUUUGAAUUGUAUGGUACUGUUCUUAGUUGUGUUUCACUGGUGUUCUCAUCUCAUAAUGGUUUGUCAAAUGAAAAUUUAGACUUGUGGAUUUCAACUGUUGAUGCCGUGCUUGAGCUUGUUCACAAAAUUUACACUGACAACAUAGCAGGUGGCAACGCGGGCAAAUUUGUCCUGCAGUUCUCAUGUUUAGUACUUGAGCCAUUCAGCAAGUUUUUGAGGGUCCAUCCAUGUCGUAAAAAUGGUUUUCAUGAUUUCGUAGAUAAACUUCUUGAGCUGCUACUGCAUUUGUUGGGUGUCUUAAAUCUUCAGGCUGAUGGAAAUAAUCCUGGAUGGACAAGAGACCUGUUGAAGUUGGUUGAAGAGGUUUUAUCCCAUGGGCUGUUUCAUCCAGCCCACAUUGAUGGGUUUCUCAGCUUACAUGGUAAAGAAAAGCAUGGAAAAGAAUAUGAUGGGCAAUCAGAAGAGCCAAAAAUGGUUGUUAAAAGUUAUCACAGACAUUUGUUUGAUAAACUGGAAAAAAUUGUGGCUGCCAAGAAGGUAUUACCAUUGAGUGGCAUAGGAGAACUAUUUCAUUUGCUUGUUGUGCAAGUAAAAAAGCAAAAAGGAGCCUUGGUGUUGUCAGAAGGUACCAAGAUUGUAGGGAAGACGGUAGGUUUCAUUCACUCGGAAGAUUAUUUUUCUGGUCAUAUGUCUAUGAUGUUUGCUGGGAACCAUAGUGUGCUUUCAGAAAACAGUUAUUUGUCAAGUAGUUUGAAUUCAGAGACAAGGAAGUCUCUUUUUGAUUUUUUUGUACAGAUUAUGGAGCCUUUGCUGUUUCAGAUAAAAGGCUAUCUCCAAACCAAACUGGAAGUGGGACCUGCAUUAUUGGAUGUUCAUUGUACUCUCAAAUCUACCAAUAAGUUACUUGCUAGCUUUAUGCAUGAGAAGGUUUAUGUACGAACAGAAGAUACCCAUGAAGGAGCUUGUCUUAAUUUCUUGAAGGUGGUUUACGAUAGGAUCAUGUCAUUUUCGGUCGAAAUAAAUCAAAUGUGGCUGUCAACGGUAGAUGCAGACAAGGGGAUACAUGUUGAUACUUUAAAUUUAAUAGGCAAGGAGCUUAUUGCUGCAUUAGGUUAUUUCUUGGAAAUUGAUUAUGAGGUUAUUGGUAAUGAUUUAGUAAGCUUAUGGCUCAUGAUGCUUUCAUUCUUGGCCAUUGGCCUUUCUUCAAUAGACAUGUCAGAUCAAUCUUCUUUAUCUUCAAAGAUGGUGGAUGUUGGUUGCCAGGUGAUAAACCUCUAUAGUGAACUUCGACAGGUGAAUAAUGCUAUUUUUGCACUCUGUAAAGCAGUGAGGCUUUUGGUAUCACAUGAUAGUGAUUGUGAACUGAAUUAUUCUGGAUUUAUGUCCUGCACGAAUUCUGCAUCCUAUGAAGCAUGUGCAAAAUCAGUGGAAAUGUUAUUGUGCUCGCAAGAGUUCAGAUUUGCCAUUUAUAAUGCUAUUAGAUCUAUACCAGAAGGGCAAGCAAGUGAAUGCGUUCGACAAUUAACAACAGAUAUUUCAGAUUCACUGAAGUGGAUGAAAACAAGUUGCUCUGUGGCUUCUGGAAAAGAAUCUGGAAACCCAAAGCAAAGUGGUAGCCUACUGGGUUUUGAUCUGCAAGUGGAACUUCUGGGAAAAGGUUUGGCAGAAAUAUAUACACUGGUGCUAGAUUCUCUGAAUGUCACAACAGGUAAUAGUAGUCUCUUAGGAGUUUCUAUAGAGGGCCUAAUGACAGUUAUACGCCCUGGCAUGAGUAGUCUGGUUGCACUACAGCUAGAUGGUGUCAAUGAGUUCAUUUCUGCUGUCACAGAAAGAAUCUUCUACAACAGGGUGGCUGAAUGCAAAAAUGAUUUCAGAAAAUUAAGAGCAUCCACUCACUGGAUCUUUGUUUUAUUCUUUCGUUUGUACAUGUCCUGUCGAAGCUUAUACAGGCAAUCAAUCAGCCUUGUGCCUCCAACUUCAGCAAAAAAGAUGUCUGCAGUAAUGGGGGACUUCUAUAUAGCACACACUGGAAGGGAUUGGGUGGAGAAAACUGAUUGGACGGAUCAAGGCUAUUUUUCUUGGAUUGUCCAACCUUCUGCUUCCCUUCCUAAUAUUAUACAAUCUAUUUUAGACCUUUAUCCUCAGGAUAGAGUUGUAACUUGCUCUCCUCUGGUUUAUGUGUUGCACACCAUGGCUCUUCAGAGGCUUGUUGAUUUGAAUAGGCAGAUUAAAUCAUUUGAGUAUUUACUGCAGAGUAAUAAUAAGUUAGUCCAAGAAAAGUUAAUGGAUGAUGAUGGCUUAUCACAGUGUCAUGAAAAAGACAUAAAGUCUAAUAAAAAGAAAAGCAGAAAGUGGAAACGUUUUAUUGCUGUUUUGAGGGAAGAGGCGAUGGGCCUUACUGAUUUCAUGAUGGGAUCUGUCUCAUUAGUGACCAAAAAGCAACAGUGUUUCUCCAGUUUUGAUGAUACAACUCGUAAGGAUACAUGCGCCAAAGCUCUUCAUGAGGAUGAUGCAUGGGAUUUGGGUGUUUGUGCUGUGAAUGAGAAAACAUUGCCCACUGCAAUUUGGUGGGUUCUUUGCCAAAAUAUUGAUAUUUGGUGCACUCAUGCUGCUAAGAAGAAGUUGAAGACGUUCCUCUCACUUUUAAUAUGUACUUCUCUUCCUCAUAUUGGAAGCAGUUUUGGAGAGGUUAAAAAACACAACACCAAUGAACCUGGCUAUCAGAGGAAAGUAUCUGUGGGGCAAAUCUCGAUGGAACUUCUAAGUGACACCACUCUGUAUGAACAAAAAUUUGUUUGCAGGCACAUUGCAUCAAGGUUUUGCCGUAAUCUGGAGAAGUCAUUAUCACCAUUACUUAGUGAUGCAGCAUACAGAGAUUUUGACUUCAAUUCAUCACCCAAUUGGCAAGAGGUUUUAAGCGCCUUUGACAAUUUAUCAGUGGUUGUUUCAGGCGCCAAGUAUGUAACUAAUGAUUGUGCUUCAGUGGCAGAACUGACUUCUCAUCUAUCUAAUAGGCUGCCUACAGAAUUUAACGAGGAAAAGAAAGCCUUUCUUUUACAGAGCAUGGAAUUUACAGCUUGUCAAAGUUCGCUUAAUCUAUUGUGCUGGAUGCCAAAAGGAUAUUUAAAUUCUAGAUCAUUCUCCCUUUAUACAACUUGUAUUCUCAACCUUGAAAGGUUUGUGGUUUGCAGGUUAAUAAAGUGUCAUUGUGCAUCAUGUUCCCAUAAUCAUUAUGAGCUUUACAGAUUGUUUUUGUCUUGCCGGAGGACCUUGAAACAUCUGAUAAUGGCAUUUUGUGAGGAGAAAAUGGAAGCUAGUCAAUCCUCACUUACUUCAAUAUUUCCUGAGGUUUCAUUUCCUGUUUUAUGGCUUUUAAAGUCAGUAUCUGUGAUGGUUGGGCUUCAACACACAUUUUCAGAGGAUAGAGCUAGCCAAUUUAGAUAUAUGUCCUUCUCAUUGAUGGAUCAAACCUCAUAUGUGUUUUUGAUGUUUAGCAAAAGUCAAUUUAGUCAUGUGGUUCACUUCAGUAUGAAAGUGAAGAAGUCUUGUGCAGAACAACUCAAUUCUGAUCUUGUCCAUGAGCAGAGUCAUUUAACUGAAACUGAUCCUUGUUCGGAUUCCUCAAAAGCUGUUGAUGCAUGGAACAAUGUGGUCCUUGUUGCUGAAGCUUUAAAGGAACAGACAGAAAAUCUUCUCAUCUCUCUAAAGGAUGCCCUUUGUAACAAGAGGGUGGAAGUUGGAACUGUGGAUUUGAAUAGAUUAUCUUCUCUAGUGUCAUGCUUUCAAGGGUUUAUGUGGGGCCUUGCAUCUGCCAUGAACCAUAUAGAUGUGAAGGAGUGUGAUGGUGAAAUGAAAUUGUUGAAAUGGAAGAAUGAACCUUUCUCCAAACUCAACCUUUGUAUAAAUGUCUUCACAGAUUUUAUUGAUUUUUCCUUAUGCAUGUUUCUUAUUGAGGAUGAUCAACAGCCUGAAGGUUUAGGUGGUGCUCAAAAUCUUUCCAGGUUGGACCAGAAAAAUGACUGUUCACUUGAACCCUCUGGUGGUGACAAUGAUAUUUCAUGUGCUAACAAGCGACAGAAAUCCAAAACUGCAAGGAGCUCAGGAUCAUUGCACAUCGACAAUGAUUCUGAAAAUACUGGUGGUCAAGAAAUGAGGUUGCAGUUGGAUAGUGAAGUCUGUGCUACCAAUUUCCUGUCUGAUGUUGAUUUGUUUGAGCUACGACGAUUAAAUAGGCCUUUGCUGCGAAGCUUGUUAAAAGGUGAUAAUCCUGAAGCAGCUUUUUUUCUCAGAGAGUUAUUUAUAGCUUCUUCAGCUAUUCUGAGGCUAAAUUUGCAGAUCAACUGUAUUCCCUUAUCAUCAUGCUUUGUGCCUAUUUUUAAUGGCAUUUCACAACUUUUGUUAUUGGAAUUGGCAAACAUGGCUGAUGUGCCACAGCCAAUUUCUUUGGUGUGGUUAGACGGUGUUUUAAAAUAUCUGGAGGAAUUAGGGAAUCAAUUUCCUUUAACUAAUCCUACCUUGUACAGAGAUGUUUAUGCCAAGCUGAUAGAUCUUCACUUGAAGGCCAUAGGAAAAUGCAUUUCUUUGCAGGGGAAAAGAGCUACUCUAGCAUCCCAUGACGCAGAGUCAAGUACCAAGACACUCGACAGUCAUGUAGGAUUAUUUGAUGCAUCUCUUUCUUGUGGGCCAUAUUGCUUCGAUGAAUUUAAAUCAAGGUUGAGGAUGUCAUUCAAAGUGUUCAUUAAGAAGCCAUCAGAGUUGCAUUUAUUAUCUGCUAUACAGGCUUUAGAGAGAGCACUAGUUGGAGUACAGGAAGGCUGCAUGGUGAUCUAUGAUGUAAAUACUGGAAGUGCACAUGGGGGAAAGGUUUCCUCAAUCACUGCAGCUGGCAUUGACUGCUUGGAUUUGGUGCUUGAAUUUGUUUCAGGACGCAAACGAUUGAGUGUGGUUAAAAGACACUUAAAGAGCUUAAUUGCUGGCCUGUUCAACAUAGUUUUGCACUUGCAGAGCCCUUUUAUAUUCUAUAGGAAAUUGAUCCAUAAUAAAGGUCAGACUGAUCCAGAUCCUGGCUCAGUUAUUCUUAUGUGCAUUGAGGUACUGACAAGAAUUUCUGGAAAGCAUGCUCUGUUCCAAAUGGAUCCUUGCCAUCUACAGCAGUGUUUGCGGAUACCUGCAGCACUUUUUCAAUCUUUCCGUGGGCUUAGACUUUCUGAUGCUCCAGCUUCAUAUAAUUUUUUUAUGUUUUCUGACAACCAAGAUAAUGGUUCUCUGGAAAGCAUGGAUUCUUGUACUGUGGAUCGACAAUUCACAAUAGAUCUAUUUGCUGCAUGCUGCAGAUUAUUGAAUACCGUUCUUAAGCAUCAUAAAAGUGAGUGUGAGCAAUGCAUUGCUCUUCUUGAAGAUUCGGUUUGUGUUCUCCUUCGUUGUUUAGAGACGGUGGAUGCUGAUUCAGUGGUCCGAAAAGGUUAUUUUUCAUGGGAAGUAGAAGAGGGAGUAAAGUGUGCUUGUUUUCUUCGAAGGAUUUAUGAAGAGAUGAGACAGCAAAAGGAUGUCUUUAGGCAGCACUGUUUUAAGUUUUUAUCCAAUUACAUAUGGAUUUAUUCAGGAUAUGGCCCCCUUAAAACAGGCAUCAGAAGGGAAAUUGACGAUGCUCUGAGACCAGGAGUUUAUGCCUUAAUAGAUGCUUGCUCAGCAGAUGAUCUUCAAUAUCUUCAUACUGUGUUUGGAGAGGGUCCUUGUCGAAGCACUCUAGCAACUUUGCAACAUGAUUACAAGCUGAACUUCCAAUAUGAAGGAAAAGUUUGACCUAAGUUCUUUCCCCGUGCCAAGAAAUCGUAUUUAUUUGUUCCCAGCAAUUCUUAUAACAUAAUGAGGGAACCAAGUGGUAACAAUACCCUGGAGAUAGCAUAAUAUGAUCCUAAAAUACCAUGGAAGCAUGAUGAUCAUGAUUCUCCAUGCCCCAAAUCCCCUGUGGAAGUUGGAAGUGGCAUGUCUGGGUUGUGACAUUGGAUGGUUCCACAGUUGUUCUGGGUUAUGAUAUUGACAUUUGCUCAGUUGGGGCCUUUGUAAAUGAGAUCCAGCUGAAGCUGUAGACAAGGAAUCAAGAAAAAAAGGGAUAUCUUUCUCAUUCUGCAACCAAUAUUCAGCUCAUUUUGUAAGUUCCAUGUGUGUAUAUAUGUAGACAAAGAAUACAUACUAUAUAUCUUGGUUUUUCAACAAUGCAAAUUUAAUUUUAUUGGUGUCUUUUACA